CCAACCUAAACCUCCUCCACUGCCAUUUGAGACCAUUACUUCUUGUUCUGUCAUCUGCUACCACUGAGAACAGUCUAGAUCCAUCCUCUUUGGAACCCCCUUUCAGGUAGUUGAAAGCAGCUUUCAAAUCACCCCUUAUUCUUCUCUUCUGCAUACUAAAUAAUCCCAGUUCCCUCAGCCUCUUCUCAUAAGUCAUGUGCUUCAGCCCCCUAAUCAUUUUUGUUGCCCUCCCCUGGACUCUUUCCAAUUUUUCCACAUCCAAAACUGGACGCAGUACUCCAGAUGAGGCCUCACCAAUGCUGAAUAGAGGGGAAUGAUCACGUCCCUCGAUCUGCUGGCAAUGCUCCUACUUAUACAGCCCAAAACGCCGUUCUUUGCAACAAGCAGUACCGGAUUUACCAUGGCGCCGGGCCCACGGUCCAAAGGGGCCCUGGUCUGCUCUUCGCCCCCACUGCUCUCUCUUGCGGAGGCAGAAGCUUGGUGCUGCCGGCUCCUGGAGCUCCUGCUCCAGCAGGACAGGCUCUACUGGCAGCCAAGUUUCUCCCCCACCUCUUCCCCGGAGGGUGCUACGUUCCCUCCCCUCCCCCCUCCCUGCUGCCGAUCAGCUGUUUGCCGGCAGGAGGGAGGGGGAAGAGCGGAGCUCCGGGGGCGGGGGAGGAGGAGAAGAGGCAGGGGUGGGGCCCUGGGGAAAGGGCUGGAAUCGGGGCAUACUCCCUCCAGCUCCCUGCCGUGAGCACCCCCACAACCCUAGCCCUCUGCCCACCCUGAACCCUGCAUCGCCCUCUCAACUCCCCAGCCCUGACUCCUGCACCCCCCUCACACACCACCAGCCCCCUGUCCUGCCCCUGCACCCCCUCAUACGUCCCCAGCCCCCUGCCCUGACUCUUUCACCCCACACACAUACCCAGCCCCCCCACACUCCAUGCUCUGACUCCUGCACCCCCCCCCACAUCCUCACCCCCACCCUGAGCACCUGCUUUGAGCAGGGGGUUGGACUAGAUGACCUCCUGAGGUCCCUUCCAACUUUGAUAUUCUAUGAUUCUAUGAUUCUAAAUGGGAACUCCUGCACCCCCCGCCCACCAUUCCCACCUGCACCCCUCACACCAAACAGGAGCUGCCCCAGGUAAGCGCUCCACACCCCAACCUCCUGCCCCAACCCUGAGCCCCCUCCCUCAGCCUAGCUCCUGGCCAGCCCCCGCACUCCAACUUUUUUUACAAUAUUUGGAAAGAUCAUUAAGUGUCCAUUGAGAUCCUCCGUGAUUUUCAAGUGGUCUGUGGAAAAAUAAGUUAGACUACAAGAACAAUCAAGAACAAUCAAGGUACGUCACUUUAUUGUCAUUUACUUGCUAUUACUUAUAGGAGGAGGAUGAAGAAAAAAAGAAUGAAAAACUGGGGCGGGGGGAGAUCAGAGAGAAUGUUCUUUUUCUUGGUUGGGUCCCAAGGAGGGGCCCCAAAAAUGAAGCUGAGCACAGGGCCGCACUGACUCUAAAUCCACCACUGGCUGUCAUGUUACCUGUGCUGGGGAUACUGUGUCAGCUGAUCCCCACAGUCUCCAACCUACCUGGGCAGUACAGCAGACAUGGCCCUGCCCACUAGCUCCUCUCCACUCCCUAGCCCACCCACCGCUUGCUUCCCCCACCCCCCAUUAAGGCUUAGCCCUCCCACUUUUAGCCCUGGUCUACACUAGGACUUUAGGUCAAAUUUAGCAGCGUUAAAUCGAUGUAAAGCUGCACCCGUCCACAUGAUGAAGCCCUUUUUUUCGCCUUAAAGGGCUCUUAAAAUCGAUUUCCUUACUCCACCCCUGACAAGUGGAUUAGCGCUUAAAUCAGCCUUGCCGGCUUGAAUUUGGGGUACUGUGGACACAAUUCGACGGUAUUGGCCUCCGGGAGCUAUCCCAGAGUGCUCCAUUGUGACCGCUCUGGACAGCACUCUCAACUCAGAUGUUCUGGCCAGGUAGACAGGAAAAGAACUGCGAACUUUUGAAUCUCAUUUCCUGUUUGCCCAGCGUGGCAAGCUGUAGGUGACCAUGCAGAGCUCAUCAGCACAGGUGACCAUGAUGGAGUCCCAGAAUCGCAAAAGAGCUCCAGCAUGGACUGAACAGGAGGGCAUGAAGGACAGAGGCCAUAACAGAGACCAGAAGCAGUGCCGUGUGAAACUUAAGGAGCUGAGGCAAGCCUACCAGAAAACCAGAGAGGCGAAUGGCCGCUCCGGGUCAGAGCCCCAAACAUGCCGCUUCUGUGAUGAGCUGCAUGCCAUUUUAGGGGGUUCAGCCACCAUUACCCCAGCCAUGUUGUUUGACUCCUUCAAUGGAGAUGGAGGCAACACGGAAGCAGGUUUUGGGGACGAAGAAGAUGAUGAUGAUGAUGAGGUUGUAGACAGCUCACAGCAAGCAAGCGGAGAAACUGGUUUUCCCAACAGCCAGGAACUGUUUCUCACCCUGGACCUGGAGCCAGUACCCCCUGAACCCACCCAAGGCUGCCUCCUGGACCCGGCAGGCGGAGAAGGGACCUCCGCUGCAUGUGUUUCAAUGAUCACAGGAUCUUCUCCUUCCCAGAGGCUAGUGAAGAUUAGAAAGAAAAAAAACCAAACUCGUGAUGAAAUGUUCUCUGAGCUCAUGCUGUCCUCCCACACUGACAGAGCACAGACGAAUGCAUGGAGGCAAAUAAUGUCAGAGUGCAGGAAAGCACAAAAUGACCGGGAGGAGAGGUGGCGAGCCGAAGACAGUAAGUGGUGGGCUGAAGACAGGGCUGAAGCUCAAAUGUGGCGGCAGCGUGAUGAGAGGAGGCAGGAUUCAAUGCUGAGGCUGCUGGAGGACCAAACCAGUAUGCUCCAGUGUAUGGUUGAGCUGCAGCAAAGGCAGCUGGAGCCUACAGACUGCCACUACAGCCCCUGUGUAACCAACCGCCCUCCUCCCCAAGUUCCAUAGCCUCCACACCCAGACGCCCAAGAACGCGGUGGGGGGGCCACCGGCCAACCAGCCACUCCGCCACAGAGGAUUGCCCAAAAAUCAGAAGGCUGGCAUUCAAUAAAUUUUAAAGUUGUAAACGUUUAAAGUGCUGUGUGGCAUUUUCCUUCCCUCCUUCACCACCCCUCCUGGGCUACCUUGGUAGUCAUCCCCCUAUUUGUGUGAUGAAUGAAUAAAGAAUGCAUGAAUGUGAA